UUUUCGCCGGAAGUCGCUUGUAGUUAGUAAAUAAGCACAGACAGACACAGAGGCUCUGUCUCCAUCUUGUUGGCAUCUGCUGCUCCUGCGACGUUGUGGAGAUGGGGAGCGUCUUGGGGCUCUGCUCCAUGGCGAGCUGGAUACCGUGUUUGUGUGGCAGUGCCCCGUGUUUGCUGUGCCGAUGCUGUCCAAGUGGAAACAACUCCACUGUAACUAGGUUGAUCUAUGCCCUUUUUUUGCUUGUUGGAGUGUGUGUAGCUUGUGUAAUGUUGAUACCAGGAAUGGAAGAACAACUGAAUAAGAUUCCUGGAUUUUGUGAGAAUGAGAAAGGAGUGGUCCCUUGUAAUAUUCUGGUUGGCUAUAAAGCUGUAUACCGUUUGUGCUUUGGAUUGGCUAUGUUUCAUCUUCUCCUGUCUCUACUGAUGAUCAAAGUAAAGAGCAGCAGUGAUCCUAGAGCUGCAGUGCAUAAUGGAUUCUGGUUCUUUAAAUUUGCUGUAGCAAUUGCAAUUAUUAUUGGGGCUUUCUUCAUUCCAGAAGGAACUUUUACAACUGUGUGGUUUUAUGUAGGCAUGGCAGGUGCCUUUUGCUUCAUCCUUAUACAGCUAGUCUUACUUAUUGAUUUUGCCCAUUCUUGGAAUGAAUCAUGGGUUGAAAAAAUGGAAGAAGGGAACUCGAGAUGUUGGUAUGCAGCUUUGCUAUCAGCUACAGCCCUGAAUUAUCUGCUGUCUUUAGUUGCUGUCGUCCUAUUUUUUGUUUACUAUACUCAUCCAGCCAGUUGUGCAGAAAAUAAAGCCUUCAUCAGUGUCAAUAUGCUCCUCUGCUUUGGUGCUUCUAUAAUGUCUAUACUGCCAAAAAUCCAAGAAUCACAACCAAGAUCUGGUUUGCUACAGUCUUCAGUAAUUACAGUCUACACAAUGUAUUUGACAUGGUCUGCUAUGACCAAUGAACCAGAAACAGACUGCAACCCAAGUCUACUGAGCAUAAUUGGAUAUAAUACAACAAGCACUAUCCCAAAGAAGGGAGAGUCUGUACAGUGGUGGCAUGCUCAAGGAAUUAUUGGAUUAAUCCUCUUUUUAUUAUGUGUGUUUUAUUCAAGCAUCCGUACUUCAAACAAUAGUCAAGUUAAUAAACUGACUCUAACAAGUGACGAAUCAACAUUAAUAGAAGAUGGUGGAGCCAGAAGUGAUGGAUCACUCGAGGAUGGAGAUGAUGUUCACCGAGCCAUUGAUAAUGAAAGGGAUGGUGUCACUUACAGUUACUCCUUCUUUCACUUUAUGCUUUUCCUGGCUUCACUUUAUAUCAUGAUGACCCUUACCAACUGGUACAGGUAUGAGCCUUCUCGUGAGAUGAAAAGUCAGUGGACAGCUGUCUGGGUGAAAAUAUCUUCUAGUUGGAUUGGCAUUGUGCUAUAUGUUUGGACACUGGUGGCACCACUUGUUCUUACAAAUCGUGAUUUUGACUGAAGGAGACUUCUGGCAUGAAAGUCUCACUUUGAUCAUCACUUAUUUGGAAUUAACAGUAUUCCCAAUUUUUGUAAAGUUGUGUAUGUGUGUGCUUCCCAUGUAACUUCUCCAGUGGUCUGGCAUGAAUUAGAUUUUACCGCUUGCCAUUUUUAUUCAUUAGUCUUGCCAAGUGCAUUGAUAUGUGUGUUAGAAUGAGUCACUGACAGUUUAAUUCUUUAAGUUGUAUUAGGACUUAAGCUGUUUUAGAAAAAUAUAAAAAGAAAUGUAUGGCUGCCUUUUGAAAUAUUUGAUGCCUUGUGCUAUAGGAGACUGCAAAGAACAUGGCUAUUUUAAAAUUGUAUAAAGAUGUAUACACAUGUCACUUAAAGGCCAGUUUCCUAAAAAAUCUUUUCAGGUUUUUCCCUUGAUAUGAAGGUAAGGAAACAGGUAUAGAGUGUCUGAUUGACAACAGUGCAAGUUAAUGAUGGGGAUUGAGACAGAGGGCUUUCAAAGAAAGUCAGAUUGCUGGUGGGGGGGAGGGGGGUGGGUACUAAAUUGAAUACCCAAGUAGGUUGUAAGUUCUGGGGUAGGGAUAGCCUUCCAUACCAACACAGUGAACUUUGUUUGGGUCAUUGUAAACACAGGCAGAUGUGUUCAGUGAGUUCAGUGGAGAUGUUAGGAACUAUAAAGGAUUUGGACAAAGGUUUUGAAAAGGAUAAUCAUGGGUUAGAAAGAGGUGAUUGAACAUCACUUCAAAAGUUUUGAAAAUCAGGGAUGGUAAACUUUUGACAGGAAGAAACUGCUUCAGUAGACAGAAUCUAGUCCAGUCUUCUAAUUUUAAAAAUGAAGGAACUAAAGUACAGAUUCAGAUAGCUAAGAGAGCUAAUCAGCAGCAAAGCUGGGAAAUCCCAAGUCCAUCAAAAGUAACUGGCAUUCUCUUUGGCAUUCAAACAUAAUUUCUAUUCAGGAGUUCCCUUGUGACACAGUGGUUAAGGAUCUGGUAUCAUCAGUGCUAUGACUCAGGUCACUGGCGUGUUGUUGGUUCAAUUCCUGGCCCAGAAACUUCCACAUGCCGCAGGUGCGGCCAAAAAGGAAAUUCACAUGCAUAACAGAUUUUACACCUUGUAAGUGGUGGAUAAUUUGUGACACAGAUUGCUGGUGUCCAGCAUGCCUUCUAUACAUAAACUGAGGCCAGGAGAAUGAUGGCUGCUGUAGAAUAAACUCCUGCUUAUAGUACACUAUACAGUUCAAAAGAUGUUUGUAUUUACUACCAUCUAAUUGAAAUAUAUAGGUUAUUAUAUACUCUUUCAAUCUGGAAAUCAAGCAGUACGACUGUUAACUUAGAAAACUCUUAGUUACUUGUGUCAUUAAUGUCUUAAUGAAUCGUAAAAUCUACAUUUGCUUCUUUUAAGAUAUUCAUGUAAAUGAAAUAUAACAAAUUGAAUUCCCCAAGUUUAUUCUGUAUGUUGAUAAUUGGUUCCAUGAUUUUGAAUGGCUGUGUUCUAUCUUUAAAUAAAGAAUUCAGAGAAA